ACCAACUUUUGCUGGUGGUAACAAUAAUAUUAAGCAAACCCGUUCAUAAGCUGCCCAUCGCUUGGAAGGAUAUCCUCCACUGUUUGAAGACUGGUUGUUCUGGGGUUGCCCCGUCGAUCUCGAUCCUCUCGCCUUCUUCACUUGUUUUACUCACCUGAAUCCAAUCUCACCCGUGCAACACACCUGGAUUACAACGCUGCAUUAUUACCACAACACUAUAUACGCAAAUAUACGAUAUGUAUAUGUGCUGGAUGGAUUACUUUUGCUGGUGUUGGAAUUAGAAGAGGCAAUCCAUGAAAACGAGACUCAUUUUAACUAAAGAAGUAGCUGUAGUAUCAUUAUCUCUCUCUCUCUGCAGCUCUCUCUCCUCCAGUUAAUUCAAUACCUACAAAUUUUGGAGACACAACCAACUAUUAUCCAAAAAAUAAGCUGAGAUUAUUACUGAUAUUAAUUCCAGUCCACCGUACAGCUACUCAUUCAUAGGCUGACCGUGAAAGUGUGUAAUGAUCACUUGCUAAUAAAACAUAAAAGUCAUUCCGUUACAAAAAUUUUAGUUUUUUUUAUACAUGUUUUGAGAUUUAAGAAAAGAUGAGAUUGUGAUUCCUGUGAGUCUUAAUUUUGAAAUAGCCCUUUCUCAGAUUACCUCUAAAAAACAAAAGACUAGCAAUUGACAAAAUAUUUUGCCCACCACUGAAUUGGUAAACCACAGUCUCAUGUUGACUUUUACCAAAAAACUCAUGCAAAAUUAGGACAAAAAACAUAAAGGAAAAGUGAGUGAAUUAAUUUGUUGGAGAAAGUGAAUCUGCUUCGCGAGCCGACUUGUGGUGGUGUUAUCUCGAAAUCUGUCUGAACUAACUGAAUCAAUUCACCGUUCCUCCACCCAAUCGCCACGGGUAGCCGAAUUAUUGCUCUGCUUCAAAUGUCUCAAAUGUGCAAUCAAACCGUCACUUAGACAGCCCAACCAACCGCUCACCUAUCAUUACGACUUGAUCAAAGUCAACAAAUUCACGACUCGAGUAAAAAUGCACGAGACCCAAAAAAUCCAUGUUUAAGCAAGUACCACAUACAAAUUAAGUUAUAAGAAGAAAGUGAAAUACACACACAUGUACAUUCGCACUCUAAGAUUGCGCAGUAAUUCGUCAUCAUCACCGACAGACACCCUGCGAAGCAGACAAAUUGAUUUAUCCAAAUAAAGCCAUGGGAUAUCCGCUCUAUAUUAAGGACAUUUAAAAACCAUGCUGUUUUUCAUGAAAACAUCGACGAACCCCUCUUUGAGAGUUUUCAUGCUCUAAGUGAAUGAAUGAAAGCAAACUUUUCCUUUUGCCACAGUGAACGUUACCGCUGCAAAUCUGUCGGCAUGGUAUAAAUGAACACUGAAACUGAAUAAUUUGACGGAUAGUACCAUUAAUUAAAUAAUAAUUGCCAUAAAUUAGUCAAUAUGUUGACUACCGACAUAAGCCCAGCAGUUCGUCCCGACAUGUAUCCCCAUUCCCAAGCAGCCCUUUUGGACAGAACGAAAAACUGGCUACAGAAAUUCCCUGCUAAUGAAUACUAUGUGAGUGAACGCGUAGAACACACAUCUGCAUGGAGUCUGGACACUGCUGUGGUGGGUGAUUCGAGUGAUGAUGUGUCACAAAAUGGUCUCGGUUUCUUGUCCAAAGGAACAAAAGUUUGGUCGGGUCCUGCGGAAAAAGAAAUUUUGGAUCAUCCAGGAUUACGAGGAACACCUUUGGCCAUGUUAGCAGCCCAAUGUAAUAAACUCAGUUCGAAAUCACCUCCUCCGUUGGCGGAUGCGGCGGUGGGGAAAGGAUUUCACCCGUGGAAGAAGUCACCCGGCCUGUGUCCCCCGAACUCCGUGGCGGGUGUCCUGCCCACCUGUCCGACGAGUGUGGGGGGAAACGGUGUGAUGACCAACCCCAUGACCCACAGCUCCCUUCUCAGCGCUGCUCAAAAGUCUCUCUCGUCCUCCGUCUGUGUCACGUCCUCCAAUCACAACGCCUACAGCAGAACACCUGUCUCCUCUUCCUGCGGGGCCACACCCACGUACGGGGCUGAUCUCUACUUUCACGGCUCAAGUGGUGGCAACCCAUGCGGGGACCAAAGUCCGGUGGGCUCCGUGGGCGUCUAUUCAAGAGUUCCUUAUGAUUCCUGGCCCUUCAAUGCAAUGUCUGGGGCACAUGCAGGAAUCAAGCCUGAUGUGUCAGGGAUGAAUGGUUCAUCGUGGUGGGAUGCCGUUCACGGGGCUACGGGUGGCAGCUGGUUGGACGUUGGACCGGGGAGUGCAAUCUCACAAACGGCAGGGAUGCACCACCCACAUCAUCCUCACCACCAAAUGUCCCAAUACAAUGACUACUCCUCCCUCACUCACACCCUCUCCAACCCUCACAUCUUGACCUCUGGUCAGCACCUUCUGCAGGAUACAUAUGUCAAGUCAAUGCUGCCAAGUCAAGGCGUAGGUUCGGGUGUUACAUCUCCCUUUGGUUUGGGUCAAGCAUCUCUUCCCCAGCAGGUGCCUUCCCCCCGUUCGCAAAGGAGGUACACCGGUAGAGCAACUUGUGAUUGUCCAAAUUGUCAAGAGGCUGAGCGGCUGGGCCCAGCAGGAGCUCACCUUAGGAAAAAGAAUAUUCACUCCUGUCACAUCCCUGGCUGUGGAAAGGUAUACGGGAAAACAUCACAUCUUAAGGCCCACCUCAGAUGGCACACCGGUGAGAGACCUUUUGUAUGCAAUUGGCUGUUUUGUGGAAAACGCUUCACACGCUCCGAUGAACUGCAACGACACUUGCGGACGCAUACUGGUACUGGAGAGAAGAGAUUCGCGUGCCCAAUCUGUAAUAAGCGCUUUAUGAGGUCGGAUCACCUAUCAAAACAUGUCAAAACUCACAACAACUCGUCGGGGAGCAGUACGGGCAACAAGCGGAGUGGGAGUGAAGAUGACGAUGAGGAGGAUAAUAGUCAAUCCGAGGCGAAUUCGAACCACAGUCCUGGCUCCUCUGUGACCACUCCACCUCUUCCUCCUCACGCCAUGUCACCCUCAGUGCAUGGGUUGACACAACAAGACAUCAAACCCCAAAUAUGAACCUGUCUCCGUACUUACCACCCCGAGUGAAAGUCGUCCUCCUUGCAUCUGAUCUCUCCACCACCACCGCGACACAUGCUGAAGUAGACGUUGUACUCUAAUCGUAAUUCUCAAACACAUUUUAACCACACUUCUAUUUUAAUACACUAUCAAACAUUUCGCAUCCAAUCAACCAACCCAAUAAUAGCUCACUAACAAUUAAAUGGGAUCCUUCAUCACGUUUCAUGGUCACUUUUCUACUUGUGCGAUCUAGGUAUAAAUAAAUACAUACGUAGUCAACGUGGCUGCCGUCUAGCCGUUCAUAGUACACAUGCAGCGUUAUUAUGAUAGUACAAGAGCAGUCUUCUUUUUUGUCGAGAUUUUAUGUCAACCAAUAAUUUACUAACUCAGUCAUGACACCGACUACGAGAAACAUUAAAGCCAAGCAAGAAGUGCAGUUUACUUCAUUAGCGAUUCAAGUGGUUUAUUCUGUACGGAGUACGGACAGCUGCCUACAGGUACGUUUUCUGCUGUUGCUUGCGUCAAAAAUUCAAGUGUCUGCGUGCAUGUCAAUCACUUUCAAUCCAGUGUCACUAUUUACUUCCCCCGAAAUAUGAACCAUUAUCCAACACUUGUAUAUAUGUUCAGAGUUUCCUAUAGACUAUCCAUUUAGUAGGAUGUCACAUCCACAAACAAGGUGAUGUUUAGCUAGACAAUGGAUGGAUGUUGUGUUGUUGUUGGCAGUCUCCAGAAUCGUGUGAAGAGAAAUAACAAAAAAUUAGCUUCAGUCAAGUUCAGGCCAUCUUGAUUCUGGAUGAUAAGCACAGGGGUCACAAAAAUAAGCUCAAUACAUGAAACCCAAAUCUGUAGUCGUCAGUUGAGUCAUCUAUUACAUACAAGUCCAUACUUAUGUAUGGAUUUAUAGGGACGAUAUGAGACAAUAAGAGACGACUUAGGUAAAUACGUAGCUGUGGCAUUAAAAAGAAACGUAAUUUUGACAAAGCACGAAACUCAUCAUCAUCAUGAGUGAGAUGACGGACAGAAAAAUUUGCUAUCCUCUGGAUUUAGAAAACGAGAGCAACAUGUGUACGAAACGAGGCAGCUUGGUGUCAAUUACACAUCGUUUACUCAUUAUGUCAUACGAUAGGUUUUAAAUUCAGCACUAAUAAGUAGUGCAACAUAAUGUGUAAUUAUUUCAUUAAAACUAUAUCAUUAAUUGUGCACAUUAGCGUUGAACGAGAGUCCUCAGCAAUCACGCAAGAAGGAGUGCAGGAUGUGUGAUCAUUUGACAGUUGACAGCCAAAGUGUGGCAUUUAGUACCGUGUGAGAGCAUUGCAUUGCACCAAGUAUCUAAACACCGUUGGUGUUAAAAAUAUGUGUUGUUUUUCAAGUCUGCCACAGUUUAUAUUUUCUUAUUUAUGAUUUUUUUACCUUGCUGAACAUAAAUUAGAUAAUGAGGGCAGGUUUUUAUCUAUGUAUUUAUAUCUCUCUUUACUUGCUGACCGUAGACCUCAGACCCAUCCAAGUACUUCUUCCUACGUUUAAUUCUAUGCAUACAAUAUUUUUCAUAUAUUUUGAAACAAUCAAUCCAUGGCUUUUUGAUUUUUGCUUUAAUAAACUACCGGAUACACUGGUUGCAUUGUGAAUAGCAAUGAGCAAAGAGGCCUCGUUUACUCUUGUGCAAACUACAGCAAGCAGGAUGGGCAGCUUAAAUAAUUACGGAGUAAUGAGUGUGUUUAAUAAUUAAAAUUCAUCAUAAACGUUAAAUUUAUCAAGUUGGGGAACAUGAGACAAUUAGAGAGACUUUUAUCACCAUUUAAUGAAUUUCGGUUGUUGGGAAUUGAAUUACAAACGAACACUUUUUGCAUGGGUACAUACUCCUCGUCGUCUUUGUUUGUGUUCUGAAGAAGACAGAGAAGAAAUGAGAGAGGUGGGAAGGAAGGGGAAAUAAGUAACAGGAGGUGGUCAAAAAUUUUCUCUUCAAUUCACAGAUACCGGUGUGUUGUUGUUCGGUGGUAAGGUAACUUGGCUGUCCGUUGCUGUUACUUACUGGUAGUGUUAGGUUAAAGCAGACUAUGCUUAUUAUAUCGGUAGGUGGUCUGAUCAUGAUUACAUUAUUAUUAUUGUUUUGGCUUGCAGACUUGUUCGUUCGUUCGUAUAUGUAAUAUGUUCCCACUUAAUGAUAGCAUUGAAUGCAUACUCAAGUAGGGAAAAGAUGAUGAUUGCCGAAAUGUAUGUAGAUAGAUAAUAGUUGUGGCAGACUUGCAUAUUUAAAUAAAUGGUUUAUCAUGGACAUAUGUAUCCGUGUGCAUAAUGUUGCAUUCAUCUUUGUACAGUUCACCUUGUAAAUACCCAGAAACAUAAUCAAAGAAAAUGUGUAAAUUCUUCGUGCAUAUAUAGCGAUAAAAAUUGGUUAAGAAAUCAAAGUCGUUAGCUCGAUAAGUUAUUUAGUAGGAUAAGACAUACAUACAUACGUAAAUAUAAAUAUGUAGUAACAAUUUAAUAUAACCUGGCAAAUCCGCUAAAACUUGUGUACAAUCCGUUGAAAUAGUGUAAGUUUAUGAUUGCAUCAUUACUAAUUAAGUAGGAAAGGCUGCUAUAUAGAUCAUCUUGCCCUUAAAGUAUAUCAUCAAUACUAAUCUCGUACCUUUUACUUUCAAAUGAAUGAAUGAGCAUCCAUGACAAGAAAGAUGCUCCAGAGCUGAACCAUGAUGUAUCCUAUAAUUUAAUACUUGUUGUAUACCAAUUACAUAAUUUAACUAAUCUUAUUGUUGUACGAAUUAUUACAAAUAAUAGCAAAUACUAUAUAUACAACAUACAUAAUUAUUACUAAAGAUGUGCGAUUUUAUUCGGCAACAAAUAUUGAAAUUGAAAUAAAGAAAUACUAAACAUACAUAAA